ACGGCGGGAGAGGGGUUUGGGACUUUGGAAAGGGUGAACUUUUCCUGGCUGGAUUUGGGCAAACUUUUAUGUAGGCUCUCGAUGCCGGUGUGCAGGAGCUAUGGCCGCCUCUCUUUCGUCCCCUGAAAGGGUUUUCCUUUUCCCAGAGCCCUGCUCGGGUCAUCUUCCCCUGUCCCAUAGAGCAGAGGACAGACUCCUUGCGAGACCUCCUUGUCCGGAGGCUGGUUUCGUGUCUGGGAGCAUGAUAUUCAAAGUAUACUGGCGGGAAUCUUAGCGAUGAUCGUCGAGCUGCAGUGCACAAACUGCACAGGGCUACAGUCACAGUUGCACAGUGCACAGCAAUCGUGGGAGUAAUUUUGCAUCUGAAGAAAUUGAUGGGAACCAGUGAAUAACUUCAGGAUGAAAUUGAAUCUUUCCAGAGUGGUUCGGGGCUGUCGCCUUGGAACAUUAAAUAACCUGGGAAAGAAAGGGGACCGUACCAUGGAGUUUCCAGGUUGCCUGCUGUAUACUAGAACUGGAUCAGCUCCACAUCUGACUCAUGACACAUUACAAGUCAUCAGUGGGAUUCCAGUCAUGACUCAACUCACCUUGUCUUCAUUAGCGGAACACUAUGAAAUCUUGGAGGAAUAUAAGGAAGGAAUUGGAAAAUUUAUAGGAAUGCCAGAAUCAGUUUUCUAUUGUUCCCUCCAUGAUCCUGUCAAUACCUGUCCACCUGGCUAUGUAACUAAUAAGUCUGUGUCUGUGUGGGGUGUUGGAGGGCGCCUAGAAAUGACUGCGGCCAAGUUCAUGACAAUUCAGCAGGCCCUUCAGCCAGACUGGUUUCAGUGCCUGUCAGAUGGAGAGGCUUUGUGUGGGGAGGUCUUCUCUGCCAAAAGGGCCCGGAAGUCUGUGGAUCGAUCCCUAGCUUUCCUUGAUGAGUGUCUGAAGCUCCAGGAACAGUCUGAGGUUCUUCGAAGUUGUGUGAUGAUUGGAGUAAUUGAAGGUGGUGAUAUUCGAGAGGAAAGGCUGAGAUCAGCAAGGGAGACAGCAAAACGGCCAGUGGGUGGCUUCCUCCUGGAUGGUUUUCAUGGAGAUGCCAUGACAAAGGAGACGAAAUUGCAGCUGAUGUCAUCUGUCACUGCUGAGCUGCCAGAGGACAAACCAAGGCUUAUCUUUGGUAUUGGCCAACCAGAUGAAGUCUUGGAGUGUAUUGAGGCAGGUGUGGAUCUGUUUGAGAGUUUUUUCCCUUACCAAGUGACUGAACGGGGUUGUGCUCUGACAUUCAGCUUUGAUUACCAGCCUAAUCCUGAAGAUACAGUUUUACAACAAAAUGGGAAGAAGAAAGAAGGAGGAGACAACAGGGAUCAUAUAGAUAAAGUUACAACAAUCAAAUGCAUUCCAGAAACAGCUUUUGAAAUAAAUCUGAAAGAAAAAAAGUACCGUGAUGAUUUUGGUCCUUUGGUUGAGGGCUGUUCCUGUUAUUGCUGUAAGAAUCACAGUCGGGCUUAUGUCCACCACCUCCUAGUGACUAAUGAGCUGCUAGCUGGAGUUCUCCUCAUGAUGCACAAUUUUCAGCACUAUUUUGGCUUCUUCUGUGCUAUUAGAGAAGCUCUGAGAAAGGACAGGCUGGGACAGCUAAAGGAACUCAUCUGCAAGCAAGCAACAUCUUGAGACAUUUAAUUUGUGCUCAGUGGAACAAAUGAAGAAACUCACAUUAUUUAACAGACCCAGUUUUGAUUUCUGGGCUUUGGGACCAAUAAUAAUAGCAGUGUUUAACAUUUAUAUACUGUUUUAAGGUUUCCAAAGGGCUUUUCUUUUUUUAUAUAUUUAUCAUCAUCACCAGCUUUAUUAUCAUUUUGGUUACAUUUUGAGUUUCAGGUUGUUUCCUUCUGUCUCAACCCUGCAUUAGAAAAGGUCAAUAUUUGAGAGAGAUAUAUAUACAUAUUUCCAUGUUCCAUUUUUUUCCUCUGAAUUUGGAUAGUAUCUUCUCUUGUAAGUCCUUCAUGGUUGAUAUGAAUGAUCAUUUUAUUCAGUAUAAUCACAAAUUCUUCUUUUAUCCAUAAAUCUGAUAUGUAAUGUGUUUCAUGCUUUUCUAAUUUACUUAGAAUAUCUCCUUUAUCUUAGUAAAUGGUGUAAGAUAAUUGUCUAUACCUAGUUUCUGCCAGACUGCUUUCCAAUUUUCUCAACAUUUUUUACCAAAUAGUGAUUUGUCUCCAAAGCUUAGAUUUUUGCAUUUAUUAAACACAAGAUUAUUAUAAUCAUUAACUAUUGUAUGUGUAUACCUAUUCUAAUCCACUGAUUGACCAUUCUGUUUCUUAGCCAGUACCAGAUAAUUUUGAUAAUUACUACCAACUGGAGUUGCUAGACACUUACUUCUUUUACUUUUCCCCCUUCAUUCUUUUGAUAAUCCUGACCUUUUAUUCUUCCAAAUGAAUUUUGUUUUUGUUUCUUUUAGCUCAACAAAAUAAAAUUUUUGGUAGUUUAAUUGGAAUGCUACUGAAUAUGUAAAAUUACUUUAUGUGGAAUUAUUAUUUUUAUCAUUUUGGGCUUUUUCCAUUCAUAAUCAAUUAAUCUUUCUCCAGUUAUUCAAAUCUGAUUUUAUUUGUAUAAAAAUGUUUUAUAAUUAUGCUCAUAUAGUUCCUAGAUUUGUUCUGGCAGGCAUACUCCCAGGUAUUUUAUAUUGUCUAUAAUUAUUUUAAACAAAAUAUCUCCC